AUGUUUCCAAAACUGCUAACGAUACUUGCUAUCGUUUCUACUAGUAAAUCACAAAAUAAUGAAGACAAUUUUAUAUCAGAAUCACUACCACCUUGCGUAUGUGUCUCUCCCAAUCAAUGUGCAGAUAACGACUCACUAGUUACUGGUGAGGACAAAAUGGACAUAAGAAUCGAUAAGCAGGAAUGUGCCAACUAUUUGGAAGUAUGCUGCGAAAAUCCCUUAGAGAUUCCUAGCGCGUUAAUCAAACCAAUGUUAUACAAGGGUUGCGGGUUUAAAACACCCGUUGAAUUUUCCCCCAGAAUAACAACAGAUUCUAAUCUUUCUCAAUUUGGAGAACUACCUUGGUCAGUGAUUAUAAUGCUGCGAGAUGCAACUAGCCCAGAUCGAAAUAUUUACAGAUGCGGCGGCAGUCUUAUUCAUCCAGAAGUAGUGAUGACGGCAGCCCAUUGUGUAUUGGGCUUAGACCAUACUUUGUUGACCAUAAGAGUGGGGGAGUGGGAUACAAAAACCCAGGAUGAACCGUUGCCUCACCAAGAUACUACUGUAAGAGAGAUGUUAAUUCAUCCCAAUUUUAUUUUGAAAUCUCUAAGGAACGACAUUGCACUGUUGUUUCUUAAUGAACCAGUAACUUUAAGAAACAACGUAGGAAUAAUUUGCUUACCUCCUCAAAAUUAUGCAAUGGAUAAUGUGAUGUGUACUGCUAGCGGUUGGGGAAAAGAUACUUUCAAGAAAGGCCGACAUUCGUCGAUUUUAAAGAAAGUAGAUCUCCCAUUAGUCAGCAGAGAAAACUGUAUAGCUUCUUUAAAGAAAACCAGACUGGGCAGCUUCUACAGACUACAUGUAAGCUUCAUUUGCGCCGGUGGCGAAGAGAAUAAAGACACAUGUAAAGGAGAUGGCGGUAGUCCGUUAGUUUGUCCGAUCCCAAACGAACCCAACAGAUUUUUUCAGAUGGGGAUAGUAUCAUGGGGUAUUGGCUGUGGAGAAAACGGAACUCCAGGAGUGUAUGUAAAUGUUCCAAUGUUCACCAACUGGAUAGAUAAACAGUUAGCUAAAAGAAAUUUGGACCCUUCUGCAUAUCGAUAUUAA